CGCCUAUGUAAUCUACCCCAUAAAUAUACACAUGACGUUGGGCAUAUGCAGCUGUUAAGUCCCCUGCUUACCGUUACGCUACGACUACCCACCAGUCGUUUUUAGACUCCGACCUAUCAACAAACCAAAAAGACGGUUAUUUUGAAUCCCACCAGCGAACCUUGCUAACCUAAAAGCCCGCGUUUGAUGGUGAAAAUUGUGCUGUGAUUUCGUGCGUUAUCAAGUUAUGGCCGAAACGCAAAGUUGCUACACCAAUUCGGCUUUCUGCCAGAACAGUGAGUUUCUCAAUGGUCAACGUGCUCUUAGCCCCGGGAGGAACAUCAGGCAGCCUCCUGUUGGAGCUCAAACUCCUCUAAGAAUUCUGGACACGUCGUUUUCCGAAGACAAGGAUGAAGAGGAGUACGAGGAACAAGAAUUCUACGAGGAAAUGCUCGUGGACGAUGAAGGGGUCAUUCAAGGAAAACAGCUCGUCGUGGUGGCUCAAAAUAUGGAUGGUAAGAAGUAUAUUCAAGUGCCCCAGAAAGACGAUAACCGACAAGGUGGCCGCUAUGGAUUGCCUGUGCAAAACAGGCCACAAAUUAAUGAAGCGAUCAAAAUCAAGCCCAAAAUUCACCAGAACCAAAGGUAUGAGUACAUUCCAAUGCAGGAUCAUGAUGUAAAAAGAAAAGCUCAGACUCAGUACAUGACUGAGCAUAGAUAUGCAGUAAUAGAGGCUCAAGAAGAAACACGAAAUGGUAGAUAUGCUUUAGUACCAGUGGAAGAUUUAAACAAUGUGGUAAAUGUGCCAAAGCGUGCUCACAGAUACGAAUACAUUCAAGAAUCGCCCUCCAAAAAUAUAGUUUGUCAAAAUCCAAGUAGGUACGAGUACAUUCAAAAUACCCCCACCAAACCCAUCCAAAUUCAAAACAAAAACAGAUACGACUACAUACAAAACUCACCGCAACAAAGGUACGAGUGCAUUUCCCAAAACGAACCAAGACAACAGAGAGUGGGCAACCCGAUUGCCACUCAAAAGUUACACGAACUACUGACAACGCCCAAGAAAAGCCAGAUGGGCUCCAACCAGAGCACUCCCCAGAAACUCUUAUCCCCACACUCCCUUAGAAAACCAAUGCCAAUAUCCCCAAUUGCGAAAGAAACCCCCCACAGAGUGCUCCCGUCCUGCCAGCCACCCUCUAAAUCGAAGGCCCAGCAAAAGUUAAACUACGCCUUGGGCUCGCGCCAAAUAACACCCGACAAACGAACCACCGCCAUUGUUCCUCCAAUGUGCUCCAGCCCCAUCCAAUCAGUGUACAGUGAGACGACGUACUCCAACAAAAGUGAAUCGUGGAUGAGUUCGAGUGCAAAGAAGACUGCGGGACAAGCCACCUUGACCAUAGCUGCGGUGAUGAUGCUGCUUUGUGGAGGAGUCACCUCAGGAUUAAGUUUCUACAUGAUCUCUAUUAUGGGGAGGUUGUACUAUUUGGACGUCAGUCUGGUGGCUGGGUUCACGUGCUUGAUACUGGGGCUUUUGGGGUUCAGGAGCAGGAAUGUUUAUUGGUUGCCCAACAGGAACUACAUCUUAGGAUACAUAUUCCUGAGCCUGUUCAGCCUGCUGACCUGCACCGGGCUGCUCGUCCUGUUGUUCCUGAGGCCCCGUCCGGGCAGUCCGCUGGCGGACAUGACUUCCACCGCCAUCUGCGGCCUUUCGGUGGUCAGUCUUGUUCUGGCGGUAGGUGGCGUGGUCUCGAGCUACUGUUGCGCCUUCCCGCCCCCUGACAACCGAGUGCAACAUUGCGUGCCAGGAUUCACCGUCUAGAAGACUUUUGAAGAACUCAACCGGAUGUGAAACUUCCUUUCGAAAAUUACAGGGUUGCCAAGGAUGUGCCUUAUUGUCCCUCCAGAAUUACAUUACCGUCUAGGUAUUCUAUUUGAUGUAAAUUUGCUUUUGUAUUGAAAUGGGGAUUGUACUUAGUUUUGUUAUUUAAAUUUAAAAGUUUUUAAGAUACAUUAUAUUCAUCCAAAAUCGUCAAUGGAGUGAUGUACAAUCAAAUUGCGGUUAAUGCCCACUUUUUGGAUCAAUCAAUAUUGUUUAGUUAUUUAUUAAUAAUUUUUUAGUUUUAUAUUGGUGAAAAACUUAAAAACAUAUAAAAUAAAUAUACAGGGUGUCCCAGAAAAAAAGGGAGCGUGCUGAUAGCAAUGGAAAUGCCAAAUUUAAAAAUAUUUUGGCCGACUGUGUUUACUAAUCUUUCAAAAAAGAAUGUCUGUGAACUGUAAAUUCGCGUGUAACUUCCCUUAUGCUCUUCAUACUAUUUGCAUCAAAGGCAUUAAAAAUAACUUCCUUAUCGCUUAUCCUUUUCAUUAGAUAAUUUAAAUUUUUAAGUAUGUGUUUCGCAUAACUUUCGGCACAUUCCCUUUUACUCUGUUGUUUGAGUUCUGGGACACCCUGUAUGCAUAAUAUUUUAAUAAUAAAUUUAAAAUAAAAAAUAAUGAUAAAACAUAUAAUAAGUUUAUUAAAACUUAAUUUUUAUAUAUUUUAUGUAUUUUUCUCUUAAGAUGGUUACAAUAGGCAUUAAUUCAUCAGAUGGAAUGAAAAAUUAUUUAGUUUAUAAUACUUGUAUGUACAAAAACUGUUUAGUCCAGUUGUCCAAAGAUUUUUUAGUCAU